CGACUCCGAUUUCUUUGCUCUUGUCUCUACGGAUUUAGCGUCUGAGAAAGGCUAUGUUUAAAGCUUCAAUACAUUGAUGUCAUGAACUAACGCAGCACAGUCGCGGGAUUGCUGAAGGACAUGGAUCAAUCCGGCACAACCCAGGCGUACGUAUCCGGAAUGAAAGAGGCGCUGUCGCUAUACGGCAAUGAACUCGUCGAGUUUACCACGUAUUUUUCGAUCGGCUAUGCCAUAUUCAUCGUUCCGUCGCAGAUCAUACAAACGCGAGUACGACCGUCUUUGUUCCUGCCUCUUUGCGAGAUCAUAUGGGGAGUCCUCACGCUCGUAACUUACAAAGCUACAAACGCGCAGACUGUUUACGGGCUAAGAUUCUUUCUCGGGGUUUUCGAGUCAAGCUCCUGGCCCGGAAUCGUCAGUUUGAUCUUCAACUGGUACACGCCUCGGGAACUGGGGAAACGCCUGGCUAUAUUUGGGGUCAGCGGUGUGGCAGGCAAUAUGUUUCUCGGCAUACUGCAAGCGGCUCUCUAUAAAAACCUGAACGGUGUACAUGGCCUUGAAGGUUGGCAAUGGCUUUUCAUUGUUUCUGGAAUCAUUACCAUCAGCUGGGGCUUUGUUGGUUUCCUGACGAUACCUGACUCGCCUAGUUACACGAGAGCGCUGUAUUUGUCAAAAGUUGAACGCGCGAUUGCACACACCAGGAUGUCGCAUAGCGGUACGACGACAGCCGAGCUUAUAUCAUGGCGCCUUCUUUCCCGGAAAAUCGCGCUACUUCUCAGAAGUCCCAUAGCAUAUUUGUUCAUCGGCGCAUAUCUCCAAUUCGCUUGGUCACAACGAGCAAAUUCUUAUAUUCUAUUGUAUUUGAAGGGUGUGAAGGACGCCUCAGGGCAACCGAUGUACUCGACCUAUAUGGUCAACUUGAUUCCAUUGGGCGGAUACGCCAUUUCUAUCGUUUGUAACAUUGGCCUGAACGCCUUGAGCGAUUGGAAGGACUGGCGCUGGCAGGUGGCAUGCGGGGCCGCCACCAUACAGUUGGUAGCGACAGCGGUAUUGGCAGGAUGGCCGAACUCACACCCAACGAUUCUGGCUUUCUACUUCCUCACCUACGCAACAGCUGCGUGGGGCUAUGCACUCACAGCAUGGCUUGCUAUAAUCCUUCGGAAAGAGCCUGAGGCGAGAUCCAUUCUCGUUGCACUCACUGUGACCUUGGUCUAUGUUGGCCACGCUACGAUUCCGCUCAGUGCCUGGAAGGUCAGCGAUGCUCCACGCUAUCCGAUCGGUUUUCCUAUGGCAGCUGCAUUCUCUGUCGGCAGUAUUGUUCUGAUGCUUGGCAUGAGAUAUUACGUCGGUAAGAAUUCGGCUAUACUGGACUAUGGUCUUGAUUGGAAAGUAGAGCAAAGCGAAACCACUCUGGAAACCUUGGAUGAAGUCAGAACAGUCCAAGAUCAGUUUUCAAAAACGGAUGUUUCGGCUCGAACUACGGUGCAAUGAACAAAGAUAUAAUACGUAAUCGCAAUAUGAAUAAGCAUAAAAGGUUAAGUCAAUAAAAUACAACUGUCA